CUUAAGUCCAUGGGGGACAGUUCAGCAUCUUAGACAUGUACUUUGAGAAUACAAAGUACUGCAGAUACCUUGUUGAGUGCUUGAAUACUGCAGGGUGAUAAAGUUUGGUGUUUCUACUAGUGACCUCUGUAACAGUAAUCUUUCAGAAAUUAAAUGAGACAAAAAAUUGUGGGAUUAUUGCAACUUUUUUCAUGGUCCCAAAAUGAUCAGAGAUUCCACUUUAUUUGGGAAUAGAAGAAAGUCAGUAAUAGUUGGUUGUUGUUUUUCAAGAUGUUCAUAUUGCAGUUUCUUCAUCCACCCGGUCAAGCUAGAUAUCUACUUCUAGUAAACAAAUGUACAGGAUGCCUACUUGAACAUCCUUAGAAAACCAUCAGAAUUUGCAUCUUUUGGUCAGCAUUUUCAGUUUAUUUCCAUGAUGCUGGCUUCCAUCCCAAGAUUAAAUAUAGGUAGAACCUCUCUAGUUUGGCACCCUUGGAACCUGACUGGUGCUCCAGAGAAUUUCCCAAACCACGGGAAGUCAAUGCAGAGUGCCAGUGGGUCUCCAUAGGUGCAGGAAGUAGAGUUGCUGGGGGUGCUGCAGCCUGCCCAGAGGUUCUGAUGCUAGUCCCAGCCACCAGCCCCAGUUGCUCCCCCUCCUUCCUGCAGCUUGAACGCUGCAAAUCAGGUGUUCGCGGUGCUCCAGAAGUGCUGGGACGGAGGAGGAAGUGUUGGUAAGUGCAGAGCUGCCGGUGCUCGAGAGGUGCGGGGGGAGGAGGGCAGAGAGGAGAGCUUGGUGCCGGUGGAUGCUCUGCACCCACUAAUUUUUCCCUGUGUGUGCUCCAGCCCAGAGCACCCAUGGAGUCGGCACCUAUGCCGGACCAUGGAUGUUGCUGGACCAGGGAGUGCCGGAUUAGAGAGGUUCACCCUGUACAAAGAUUACAUGAGGUGCUGUAUUGGGGCAGAAGUAGAGAAUAUCCUCUACCCUCAAAUGUAUAUGUCUGAUAAUGCAAUACACGUGGUAGCUGAUAAUUUACCUUAAAAAAGUCUUUUUUCCAACACACCAGUUUCAAUAUUCUUUCAGAAGAGGACUGGUUUCUUUUUGUUUGUUUGUAUUUUUACUGCUAGCAGACAAGACAAAAUUCCUUAGGUAACUGUUUCUCCCAAACGCAGAGAGUUCCUCAUCUUUUCACAGUAUCCACUAUUGGGAUUGUUUGGCCAGAUUCACCAAGACAUUUCUAUUUUCUUUCGCCUCUUUCCCAACUUUGUCUCGGCGACCUUUCUUGAAAUGGACCAAAUACCACUUCUGCACCUCACUGGCCUAUCCUAAGUAAAUUGAUUUUGUGACGGAAAUCUGACAGAUUGGUGGAAGGAACCAACCCGAACAAUUUGGAAACUUGGUGCAGAGCAGCUCUCAACCAUUUCAUUAUCACGAGAGGAAGGUGGAGAAUGAUUAUGAGGCUCUUCAAGAACGUCUCAAUACGUUGCCUGAUAAACUGUCUCAUGAUAUCAUGGUACCUUUUGGUCCCCUUGCCUUCAUGCCAGGAAAACUUGUCCAUACCAAUGAGGUCACUGUUCUGCUGGGGGACAACUGGUUUUCCAAAUGCUCAGCUAAGCAGGCCAUUGGCCUGGUUGAGCACAGGAAAAAACACGUAAGGAAAGCACUGGAUGAUUUGCAAAAAGUCAUGAAGAAUUUUGAAUCCAGAAUUGAAUUCACAGAAGAUUUGCAGAAGAUGAGUGACGCAGCAGGUGAUAUUGUUGAUAUAAGAGAAGAAGCUGAAAAUGAUGGCACUGAAACAAAAGGAAAACGCAGAACUGCUCACAAGCCUCAUUCAAAGCCAAAAGUGUCAGAUGUUUUUGAGGUACAUUUUCAAGAAAAUGGGAUGGAUACAAAGUCCAAGGGCUAUUCCCAAUCUGAGGAGGAACUGUGGGCCCGAUUGGAAGAGCUUGAGAGACGAGAAGAGAUGCUGGGUGAAUUUAACAGGACACCUGAUACAAUUGAGGCAAAUGGAGAAGAUACAACCUCCUCUGAAGAGGAGAAAGAAGAUAAGACAGAUCUGAAUGUGGUACACAGAGUGGAAGACUCUACUACUCAGGACAAUGUACAGAAAGAAGUAACAAAUUCAGAAUUGUUCAGUGGCCAAGUUAAUGGCCGAAGUCAUUAUCACAGUGAUGAUGAAGAUGAUUUAGGAGUUGAUCAUUUUGUACCAACUAUAUUUUUCUCUCAUACUGUUGAACCUAAAAGGGUAAGAAUAAACACAGGAAAAAAUACUACUUUGAAAUUUAGCGAAAAGAAAGAAGAGGCCAAACGUAAAAGGAAGAAUAGCAAUGGCAAUGGACACUUGGUUCCAGAACUGCCUAACAUCAAAACACCAGCAGACAUUUACCGAGUCUUUGUUGAUGUUGUGAAUGGAGAAUAUGUCCCUCGUAAAUCAAUUUUGAAGUCUCGAAGCAGAGAGAAUAGUGUUUGUAGUGAUACCAGUGAGAGCAGUGCUGCUGAGUUUGAUGACAGACGAGGAGUUCUGAGGAGUAUUAGCUAUGAUGAAGCUACUUACAGUGACAACAGUGAAGGGAUCUUGGAGGAGGAAGAGGAGGAGGGGCAGGAGCAUCUUCCAAAAAAACUUUCAACCUUAUCAGGGACAAUUGAGGCUUUUUCUGGAACUGUUAUAGAAAAAGAGCCUUUGUCUCCCUUAAUACCACACCCAAGCAUUGCUCACCCUGUCCUGCCUACCAUUCCGGAGCGAAAAUCAGAGGAAGUUCUAUCUGAGGCAUCAGAAGAAACUACAAAGAGGAUUUCAAAAUUCAAAGCUGCCAGAAUGCAACAGACAAACUAGGCCCUGCUGCCUACACAAUGAAAGUUUGAAUAUUAACGCUUAGUUUCACAUUUGUUGAGAUUAUGUAAAACUAUGUGCAUUACACCUAGUUAGUAAAAAGGUAUCUUAUGUUAAUUUGGCAUUGUUUAUCUUAAUAGACCUCUAUUGGUGAUAUUAAAAAAAAAAGAAGUAAACAUUUGAACACUUCAAUAUUCAGUUUAUUUUGUCAAUUUCCCUGUAUGUGGUCAGCACCUUUGUAUAUGUUUGCCUUAUAACAGCACUUGGAAUAACUUUUCUCUUCAUAUGCCAUUGGUUUUAUGUUUAAACCUAAAUAUACAGGUAGUUUUGUAUCAGCUGUGAUGUCCUACUUACCAUCUGGACAGUUUUAAAGAAACUUUUCAAAUUGAUUCAACAAUUAUAUUUCAUUACUUGCUUUAGCAUUUUAAGACACUCUUGUAUCCACAUUGUUGUAGGUACCUGCUAAAAUUCGUUUUUUUUUUCCUUCUAUUAAACCUCUGAUAUCUUACUGUACAGAUCUCUAAAACAGAAUGCUGUGUUCAUGUACAUUGCAGGGAAGUUUCUUUCAUGGAAAAUGGUAUUUUGUAAAAUUAAACUUUUCAAGUAAAAACAAAGCUGUGAAUUUUG